UAUCACUGUGUGUGUAAAGUUGGCUACAAAGGAGACGGGAAGUCUUGCACUUUGGUCAAUCUCUGUGUUGAGAAUAAUGGCGGAUGUCAUCCCAAGGCUAUCUGUACGCCACUGAAGGCAGGGGAGAGAAACUGCACUUGUCCAGAAAACCUGGCUGGGGAUGGCUACACUUGUUCCGGGACAAUCGCUGAUGAAGUCCUGGCACACCCCAACCUAACUCGUCUGGCCAGCUUGAUGAAG